CUGGCAUUUUCAAAAUACACCGUUGAACCAACAUUGCCUUCGUUCCACCAUGCCGUCGGUGAAGGAGUCGUCCUUUGCUGCUAUCAAAAAUGCUCCGAUUGUUGGCCUCGCUGAAGGCAACAGCUACUUCAGCAAUUACCAUCUCGCGGCCGUGGUCCUUGUCGUUCCCUAUAUCUUGAAAUCUAUCCUUCCCCUCGUCAGCCGUGGUGGAUUCAAAACGUAUUUCUUCCUUCUCGUGUUAUCAGGCGUCCCAACGACUGUUGCGUACUGGACCUUGGCGUCAAUGUAUGGUGCACGCAAAAAUCACAAGGUCAUGCUUCCUGGGAAGGACAUCGAGGAGUACAUCGAAAUCAAAGACGUGGAACUCUCUAGGUUGUACAAGGGAAAAGAAAAAAUUCCUAUGCAAGUCUUCCACGAUGCGUACUUCGACGGCAAGGCUGAGUUCAAGGGCGACGUGUUGGAUAUUUUGGAACAACGUCACGACUGGGUCAAGUUCACGUUCACUCCAGAGCUCUUCAAGCAUGUAUUUAUGAAGCUGAUUCCGGAUGUCAUCUCGCAUUCCCGGGAGCAGGACCAGGAUCAAGUUCAAGACCAUUACGACCGUGGCGACGACUUUUAUGGAUGGUUCCUCGGCCCACGUAUGAUAUACACGUCCGGUAUCGUACUAGAUGCCAACGCCCAGGAGACUCUUGAGCAGCUUCAGGACAACAAGCUCGCAGUGGUGUGUAACAAGCUGGAUCUCAAGCCGACAGACCGCCUCCUCGAUAUCGGCUGUGGAUGGGGUACUCUCACGGCCUACGCUGCCAAGAACUUCGACUGUGACGCGACAGGUGUAACCCUUGCCAAAAAUCAAGCAAAAUUUGGUAAUGACAGGAUUGCAAAGAACGGUAUUCCUGCAGACAAGGCUCGUAUUCUCAAUCGGGACUAUCGUGAUAUCCCCCAGGUCCCCGGGAGUUUCGACAAGAUCGUUUGUCUAGAGAUGGCGGAGCAUGUUGGCAUUCGUCGCUACUCUCAAUUCUUGUCAGAAGUGUACAAUUUGCUUUCAGAUGAUGGCAUAAUGGUUUUCCAAGUUGCUGGUUUCCGACCAUGCUGGCAGUUUGAAGACUUGAACUGGGGUCUUUUCAUGAACAAAUACGUUUUUCCUGGUGCUGACGCCUCAUGCAGUCUUGGAUGGGUCAUACAGAAGCUUGAAGGUGUUGGCUUUGAGAUCAAGAACAUUGAUGUUCUAGGCGUGCACUAUUCUGCUACACUUUACAGGUGGUAUUUGAACUGGGUCAGCAACAGGGACGAGGUUAUUGCCGCAUACGGUGAUAAAUGGUACAGGACCUGGGUGUUCUUCCUUGCGUGGAGCACCAUAACCAGCCGACAAGGGAGUGCAUCAGUGUUCCAAAUUACAGUACACAAAAACUUGAACGCGUAUCAUCGCAUUGCCGGCGUCGCGAACCAUGCAUCGAUUCAUGUCAAGCUAGACAAAGAGCCAAUACUAAUCGAGCAGGUUAUCGGUCGAAACUAGGUUUGGGGAUCGUAGUUACUUAUUUUGAAAAUACACUACCCACCUGUGGCAUUGGAAUGGACUAGGGCCUUUGUUAGAACAGACGCUGGCAUUUGAAACCCUUCAUGGUUUCGUAUACACGUUUUUCCAACACCGAAGCUCGUACAGGGGAAUGUCCGGGGAAACCCUUCAUGUGACCCGAAAACACCACAAACCGAGGAGCCGAAACCCGACGCGUCGUAGUGGCAGGCACAUUUUUACUUGAUGAAG